AUGGAAAUGACUGUGAGCGAAUCAGAUCGAUCACCAUCUCGAGAUAGCUUUGCAACUACUGAAAACGAAGAACACAUGUUGAUCGGAAAUUUAAUGGAGGGUGCCUCAAUGUCACGUCCAUCAUCGGCACAGGGAAGUUUGGCGCAUGAGGAAGAUGAGGAACGCAACCAUGUGUUGAGCAAUGAAAACGCAACGAUGGAGACGUUACCGGCGGACUUCGACACGCAAUCAUUAGGGGAGGAGAGCUUGCCAAAAGUACGACCACGACACAAUAUUAGGAUGGCGUGCAAAUAUUGUGUAUUAUGUCAAGCCCAGUUUCCCCCUUUUUUCUCAGAAAUUUCAGGUAUUGAUACUUUCUGGAAAUGGCGACAAAAACGAAAAGUGCAACCAUGGGAAUACAAAUUCCGUGCCGUCAUUGAGAUAAAUAGAGAGGAUGAAGAAGAAGAUAUUGGUAUAACGGAACUGAUGGCCUUUCCAGAAGGUCGUUGUCAAGAAGGAACCUUUUCACUUAUCUGGGGAUAUGUCGGCCCAUCAUCUGCUUACGGCUCGUUUAUGAUCGUGGCCGACGAGACAUCACGUUUGUUUUACCAGAUGCAUCGUCCAGCACAGCUUUCUGUGGCAUUGUACCCCAAAUCAAGUCUUGUUCCAAAAAUGAUCAGGAUCUUCGGUACAGAUUAUAUACAGAGCCUCUGUGCUGAGUCAACCACAAUUCCAAUCACCGAUGCAGCAAUUGCUUGCUCCUACAAACUUGCAAUAGGAACUCAUGGUAUAUGUGCAAUCCAGAUAGUCAGUGAGGAUGGAUCCUUUUGUUGGGUUGGUAAAGUCCCUACAUCUGGUCUUGUUUGGUAUGUCGACGCCCAACGAGAUUUUCGCAGAGACGUUAAGCUCUAUUACACUUUCAAAGGUCUCAAUAUAGAUGGAGAGUCAUUCUUGAAUUAUAUUCAUCGAGAUGGGUAUGGCUUAUACAGAUACAUCCCAUUUUAUAAGGGAUACGAAUAUACUACAGGAAUAACCUUUCACUUUCACACGGGACUUAUUACUGUAGUGGAAGCUUAUUAUGGAGAAAACACGGAGCUCACGGGAGUUUACAGUGGUGUGGCUCUUCACUUACCUCUAGAGCACAAUGAACGCAUAUCUUUUGUAUGGAUCAAGCUCGUGGACACUAGAAGUCCGCGCUAUUACAUACCAGCAUUCGUUAUACAAACCACACAUGGAAGGACAUGCCAUCUGGGACCGUAUAUACCUCCUGACGAUUACCAAUUCUACGACUGGUAUCGUUUAACAUUUCAAGGACAGAUCACGGGGAUUUGUGUUCAGAAUUCUGACUGGGCCUUGAAGAACUUCAACAUUACCAGUGAUGGAAAUGAAGUAGAGCCUUUACAACCACUACUUCACUACGAGACACCAAGACAACAACCUCAAAAAUACCAAUUUAAUAACUUUGGUCUUUAUUUUAGUUCUGGGAAGUUUUUCCAAAUGAAGAAAGUGACUUCAUGUAGGAUUAAUGAACGCUGCGUGGGAAUCUUAAUACAUUACCUAUACAAGCCGCCUUUAGUUUUGGGGCAAUGGUAUAAACCAGAAGUAUCAAUUCAUCAGAUCAUAUACGAUAGGAGCCAUCCUCCGCCUUCGAGAAUAAUGUUCCGAUCGGCACGGUUCGGGAAAUCCGAAGAGGAGUUUGUGGUAGACGUCAAUUUCACACAGGAAGAAACACCAUCUGUUGAUACGAAUGAUCAUGUACAGGUAUUUGAUCUUGGCCUUGAAGAGCAUAUUGCCUGGUGGUUCACAACAUCCACGGAUCUUAUUAGCCUCUGGAAUCCAGGUGACCAGCCUGCAAAUGGUAUACAAAUGAGUGAGGUCAUUUGUCGGGAUUAUGAAAAGUAG